AGAAGGGACGCAGGAGCGAGCGGGGGGGCAUGAUUGUAUCAAAGAAAAAGAAAAAAAUAAUAACAUUAUUAUUAACCAUGGCUCCUCUAAUUGACACUACAGGGUGGGUUUGUCCAUCAUAAUGGCUCCACUGUUUACCUCCACAGUGCACCGUUAUAAAUGAGGAGCCGGCCCAGUAAGUCUACUCCAGCUUGAGAGAGAUGUCAUCUCCAGGCAUGGGCACCCCCAGUGACCCCCUCUUGGCCAGUCCAGGAGGGAGGUUACCCACCRCUCAGGAAGGCCUCUGGCGGAGCUCGCUCCCUAAAACUGCCAGCUUCCCAACAUCCACCACCCGCCACCUCAGUCACAGAGCCAACAACUUCCAAAGACAGCCAAAGCGUAGGAAGCUAAUACGACCUUCACCGCCUCCCCCGCCCAACACGCCCUGCCCCCUGGACCAGUUGGACCUAAGCGAGCUCCCCCCGAGACGGACCUUCCACGAGCUGCUCUUCAACGGCUGCAUCCUGUUCGGCAUUGAAUUCAGUUACGCGAUGGAAACAGCUUACGUGACUCCUGUGCUUUUACAGAUGGGUCUACCUGAUCAGUUCUACAGCUUGGUGUGGUUUAUCAGUCCCAUUCUUGGAUUCCUCGUUCAGCCUCUCAUCGGAGCGUGGAGUGAUCGUUGCACAUCCAGGUUUGGGCGGAGGAGGCCCUUUAUCCUUGCUUUGGCUGUAGGAGCUUUGGUUGGUCUAACCCUAGUGCUGAAUGGACGGGACAUUGGGGGUGUCCUGGCCGACACGGCGUCAAACCAUAAGUGGGGAAUCGUCCUGACAGUGUGCGGUGUGGUUCUGAUGGACUUCAGCGCCGAUUCAGCCGACAACCCAAGCCAUGCCUACAUGAUGGAUGUGUGUAGCCCAGAAGACCAGGAUCGAGGGCUGAACAUUCACGCAUUACUAGCAGGACUAGGAGGAGGUUUCGGCUAUAUUGUCGGUGGCAUCAACUGGGACCAGACACACUUUGGAAGAUCGAUGGGGGGUCAGCUGCGGGUCAUAUACCUGUUUACGAGCAUCACGCUGGUGAUCGCCACAGCCAUGACUCUGAUGAGCAUUCCCGAGAGGCCGUUACCGAAAAGCCAAACGAACAAAAGCUCGGGUAAAAACCAUCUAAAAAGCCCCAGCCUCCCUCUUCCUCCCUCCCCUCCUGUUCCCCCCGGAGUGGUUCUGGGACUCGACGAGGAGGAGGAAGGGCUUUACAGCUACAACUUUGCAAAUUCUCAUCCAGGGAAUUCCGACCCGUUGGCCCAUUCUUGCAGCGCAAAYGCACGUCUUUGUGCUGGCCUCACUAGUCCCAUCUCACCCCUGAGCCCCCUCACUCCAAAAUACGGCAGCUUUAUCAGCAGGGACAGCUCGCUCACGGGCAUCAAUGAGUUCGCCUCCUCAUUAGGAACCUCCUACAUAGACAGUGUGCUCAUAGACUGCUACACAGGUCAGCAGACUCCUCCGGCCCUGGCCCAAAGCUCCACCGCCGUGCCCCUGCCUCCAGGGGACUCUCCUCCCCCUCCUCCUGACAAAUCCUCACAGAUGGGAGAGAACACUCCUGCGGGACAAACCCAGACCGAUGCUGGGUCUCAUCCAGCUGGGGAGGGUCAGGAUGCAGAAACACUUCAGCCUGAGGGAGACGCACAACCUCAGAAGGCUCAGGUUUCAGCCGGGUCUCAGCCCGGCGCAGGGUUGCAUCGGGGCUCCACUGCCGGCAUCUUAAAGCGACCCCAGAGUCUCGCGCUGAUAGGGGAGCCCGCGGCGACGCAGAUAGUUGGGCUAGAGAACGGACGCAGGAGGACAGUGACCUUUAGCCAGCAGGUUGCAAACAUUCUGCUGAACGGAGUACGCUACGAGAGUGAUCUGAGUGAGAACGUGGAGACGGGAGAGUCCCAAAUGUCAAUGAAGCUGCUGUGUAUAGCCAUCUACAGGAUGCCUCCCUCACUGCGAAGUUUAUGCACUAAUCAUUUCCUGGGCUGGUUGUCGUUCGAAGGCAUGCUUCUCUUCUAUACCGACUUCAUGGGGGAGGUCGUGUUUGAAGGAGACCCCAAAGCGCCCCAUGACUCUGAAGCUUACCAACGCUACAACGCUGGGGUCAGCAUGGGCUGCUGGGGCAUGUGCAUCUAUGCAUUCAGCGCUGCUUUCUACUCAGCCAUACUGGAGAAAUUGGAGGAGCGUUUCUCUCUUCGCACUCUCUAUUUUUUUGCCUACUUGGCGUUCGGUUUGGGCACGGGGCUCACCACGCUGUCCACCAACCUCUACGUGGUGCUGUCRCUCUGUGUCACCUACGGGGUGCUGUUCUCCUCGUUGUGUACGCUGCCUUACUCUCUGCUGUGUGAAUACUACCAGAGCCCACAGUUCUGUGGCUCGUCCGAGGAGGGAACCAGGCGAGGGAUGGGGGUGGACAUCUCUCUGCUCAGCUGUCAGUACUUCCUGGCCCAGAUCCUGGUUUCUGUGGCGAUGGGACCUCUGACCUCUCUGGUGGGCGGGGCUCAGGGAGUGAUGUAUUUUGCGAGCCUGAUGUCAUUCGUGGGUUGCCUGUACUCCUCUCUCUGCGUGGUGUACCAGCUGCCCCCCACUGAGGGAAGAGAAGUUGAGACUGGGGUGUGAGGCAGCAUUCAGUCGAGCAAAACAGAAGAACAACAAACAGAGAAGAAGAUUCACGUGGACUGUGGGUAACUCUGAAGAUGGACGACAUUUAAAAAAAAACACGUGGGGGAUUCAGAGCCAGCAGCAAGCGCUUCUAGUCAUCAUUAGGGUGCAUGCUUAAAAUAGUAGGCUUCUGCUCCACCAUGCUUGGGCCAUCCACUCAGUAAAAGUCCUCCACUGGAAGUUACUCAUUCCCUUCUGAUCCUAAAGACACCUUCAUCAGCAAAUUAUAGAUUUUUUUUUUAAAUUGCUGUGCUGUGGCAACCGUCCAGCCUCAACACAAGACAUUUUAUGUAAAACCUUUUGUUGUGAUGGUUUCGAGCACCCAAACGUUAACGGUGCCUCUGCAGAAUGUCAAUAAUUGCCUACUAUUAAAGCCUCCUGGACUGACCGGACGCACGCCAUGCUAACGUUUCUUAGGGAACAGGAACUGUAUGGAUUCUGCUGUAACAGCUCGCUUGAGGAAUAAAACACAGUGUCUGUGUUGUACGGUACCAUCUACUUGCUCAACAAUAUUGUAAAAGCUGCUUUUAUUCAGGGUUCAGUUAAAAACUAAAAAAACGAUCCUUUUGCCAUGUUUCGCCUCCUGUGUUUUUUUUUUUAAUCCAUGAAAGCCUCCACAGCUUGCAUCAAUUACUCAGACCUGAAAUUUUCAAAGCACGCCACACGGCGGAGCCACAAUCCACAGGCGCAGAUGAAACUCAAAAUCGAUUCAGCUCAUCCUGUUCCAUUACCGAGUGAAAAUUACCCCGGCUUCUUCCUGUGCUGAAGCCAGCCAUUUUCCAUGUGAAGGAAACUGGGUCAAGUGACAUCAUUCGGCAUGAAUAUGUAGGCUUUCAAACAGCCCAGAUCAAUUAACAAAACAGAACAAACGCAAGUAAAAAGACAAAUUUAUUUCUUAAUCAGAAUAUACAAAGCAGUGGCUGAGGUAACCUAAUGCCAUUCUGGUUAUGAAAAAAGGCAGUCUACACAGAAUCGGGCUACUCAACCGUUAACGUAAAACUCGAGAAAUGCAAGAAAAAACAACAUAUAAAUGGUACAAACUUGCGUGGAAUGCAUACAGAACAAAUGACCAAAGCUUUAAGAUUUAAGAGGGGUUAAUUAACAUUGCAAAAAAAUCCUGCCUCCACAGAGAAGGGUCAAACAAUCGAUCUGUGGAGGUGCAACACACAGCUCCAUUAUUUAUUUGCACCGUCUGUUACAUUAACAGGGCAGCCAGGGAUUUAAGUAGCAGCUUAACACAAAAGAAAACAAAAACAAAAACCACUGUAACUAAUAAUGUCAAACUGUCUAUUACCCCCUGCUUAAAACUUAUCUUUGGUCCUUUUUAAGUGUAUCUGAGAGGUCAACAUGAGCCUUUAAGGUGAGCAGCUGCCUGUAUGAAACAUCUGGUCAGCACUGUCAUAAUAGAGAUUGUGCUUCCAACAUACUGAUGUGAAACGUCAGGAAAUGAAAAAUAAUGAUCUUAAGUUGUGGCCCAACUCGUACGAGUAGAAAAGGAAAAAGCUCAUUUUAAAGACCAAUAAAUAACAUUUCAUGUAAAAAAAAAAAAAAAGUAUGCAGGACCACCACGUUUCAAGACUCCAGUGCAAUGAAAUAACAUGGGAGCAACCAAAAAAAAAAAAAAAAAAAACUCUUU